AACCACCCGUUCCUGUCCUUCCCUCGUUCCUGGCCCGCCGCGUUUGAGCUUCCCUCACGUGACGGCUGAUCAUGUGACCCUGUUGCAGGCUCAACAUGGCGGCCUCCAUACAGCGCCUACUGCAUGCAGCCAUCGAGAUGCAGAGAGCGGCAGCCCCGGCUGUUUUCUCCUUGGUGUUUUUCCGCUGCUUGCUGACGGCUCAGGCCAACGAUGUAGUCUGGAAUUCAUUAGACGAUGAUCUCUUGCUACCGUAUCCUCCUUCCCAACAUGGUCCACAGCAUCACCAUUUGUCCAUCCGAGAUUGCCAAGCUCUCCAGCACGGCAACGCGACUCAUGAAUCUUGGCCCAGCGACAACAGCAGCAUCACUCCGGGGGCCAUCACGCAUAUCUUCAUUUCUGAUGUCCCGCAUCAGGGCCAAAAUCGUCGGCACGUCUAUGGUCAUCUCACCACAGUGAGCAACCCUCUGAGGACUUUCUCUGUGUUGGUGCCUGGAGGGCAGGGAGGCUGCCGUAACCGCAGCCGAAUGACGGUGGAAGCAACCGCAAGGCGUGGCAAGUGCCUCGUGGCCCAGAAUGGUGGGUUCUUUAACAUGGAUACAGGAGAGUGCAUUGGGAACGUUGUGAGCGAUGGGCAGCUGGUGCAGACCUCCGGAGGGAUUCUGAAUGCUCAGUUUGGCAUCCGGAAAGAUGGCACCCUGGUCUUUGGCUACCUCUCUGAGGAGGAAGUGUUGGCUAAGGAGAAUCCCUUUGUGCAGCUUCUGAGUGGAGUGGGCUGGCUCUUGCGAGAUGGGGAAGUGUAUGUAAAUCAGAGUCAGGCUGUGGAAUGCAGUGAGACGCAGGAAACAGGGACCUUUGACAAGUUCAUCAAUACUGUGUCCGCCAGGACAGCUGUGGGCCAUGACAGACAAGGGCGGCUGGUGCUGGCACACUUCGAUGGGCAGACGGAUUCGAGGGGCCUCAGCCUUUGGGAAGUGGCUGAUUUCCUGAAGGAGCAAGAUGUUGUCAAUGCCAUCAACCUGGACGGCGGCGGGUCGGCUACCCUGGUCUUAAAUGGAACCCUUGCCAGCUACCCCUCAGACCACUGCUCACCCAACCCGAUGUGGCGCUGCCCUCGCUCGGUUUCGACUGUUGUGUGCGUCCAUGAACCUGCUUGCCGGCCUCCUGACUGCCACGGGCACGGGCACUGUGUGCUUGGCGAAUGCCAGUGCAAUGGACCUUUCUGGAGAAGACCGGCCUGCGACGUCUUGGACUGCGGCCCUUCCAACUGCUCGCUGCAAGGGAUAUGCACAGAGAGUAAGGCUGCACACCUUUUCGGAGCAGGAUGUCUGUGCGACGCCGGUUGGAUGGGCUCCAACUGCAGUGAAGCGUGCCCUCGUGGUUCCUAUGGUGAUGGCUGCAUUCAGAAGUGCCUUUGUCUCAGUGGUGCCGAGUGCGAUCCUGUGCAUGGUUCUUGCAACUGCCCAGCCGGCUUUCAGGGCACCCACUGUGAAGAUGGGCAGGUCCUUGGGUUAACAGUGAAGGCCUGGAUUAUUAUAGGAGUCUUGUCUUUGAUGCUUUUCGCUAGCAUCUUUUGCAACAUAAAGUACUGCUGCUACACCUCUAUGGGCCAACCGGCACGUAACGCUUAUUUCGCCAGAGGUCCCCGAAAGCUGAACUCUUACAACUAUGAGCUGUUAGACAGAACGAACAGUUUUCUGCCUACAGAGGGAGAGAAUGAUGACUGAACUGAGGACACCAGAGACCAAACGCAGACCCAGAGAGUUGACCUCCUUUUACGAGAGUGCGAGGGCUCCCUUCCAUCGUUUUGGCGUGAUGGCGCACUGUACCGGAAUCUUCCAGAACACCACUUGUUCCUCCAUGUAGAACUCAACUACCGCUCCUUUCACUGGCCUCGUCCAGGGUGUGGGGAACCUUUGUUUUCAGCCCAAGGGCCACAUUCCCAUUGGGACAACCUGCCGGGGGCCAUAUGCCAGUGGUGAACGAGGCCAGAGGCAGAAAUGGGCAGCGGAAUGAAUGCAAGUUUUAUCUUUUGCAAAGGCGGCCAGUUUCUACACACACCUGGUAUCCUCCAUCUAGGUAAACAAGAUAUAUUUUUGGAGUGGAAGGACCCAAUUGCAGCCAGGCAAAAAAACUCAAGGACGAUAUGAGGUAGGGCUGGAGAAGGGUGCAAGAGCUGGGGAGGGGGGGUGCUGUGUGAGGAGGGUUCCGAGGGCCAGAUAAAGGUUUAGGGGGCCUCAACAACAAGAGUUUGCAUGGACUCCCAACUCCUAUCACUCCUAGCCAUCAUGGCCAAUGAUCAGGGAUGAUUGGAGUUGAAGCCCAGCAACAGUGGACGGGCCAUGGAUUCCUCACCUGUGAUGUAAUAUAAGCAAAGCAGUGAUAACACCUUGAAGAUCAGGAAGGCCCUUUGGUAUGUUUUGUCUUCCUUCCCUUGUGUAGUGACACACUGGAGACAAAAUAGCUUUUCAAGACAAGCAACUGUUUACCCUCUUUGGUGUAACAGCCUUAUGGAAGUGACAGCAGCCAGCUUGCCUGCCUUAAAAAAAACACAAAUUAAACAAUUGUAUUGAAAGCUAAUGAAUUCUAUACAAUUCUUCCGCUCCCCAAGUGAAGACUGUGUGUCAAGUGGAGUGAUGUUCCGCAGAGGAGCUAAUUCCUCCCAAGCUGCGGCUGUAGCCUUCAGUCUGCUUUGUAAGGUACGUUCAGAAAACCCAACAGCCUGGUUUGCACGUAACAUUAAGCCCUAGUUAAAAAUUUAACUGGCUUGAUGUGAUUGAGCAGCGUGCUGGUAAAUAGCACUCAUUCUGUUCCUGUCUGUGACAUGCAAGGGGGAGACAACUCAUUUACCACUACGCGAUGAGAAAGUGAUAAAAAAAACACUUAGAAGGGAAGUGCUUUACUGUUGGGAAUUGUCUUUCCAACUCUGGUUAUCAGAGUAUUAUGAUAGAAUCGACUCAUAGGCCUUAAGUACGAUGCCAUGAUCUCAUGGCAAGAGUUUUUCAGUAAUAUAUUUUGUAAGAUGUAGAUUUACUAUUGGGUUCGGGGGUGGGUGGGGAUUGUCUUCUGGUAGUUUAUUUUAAAUCGGGAUUUAAUAAGCCUGCCUGAGCCAGAAUACCUAAACCUCUUUUUUGGUACACUUUGCCUCUCCUUUUGUAUUGAACACCAGAGACUUAUUAGUGGCCAAUGUGAACUCUUGUGCCACAUUUUAAAUUGUGUGUUUUGUUAGUUAAAAAAACAAAUGACAUUCAUGAUUGGUGCAGGGAUAUAUGCCUUUUAUACGGUAUGCUUUUUACACAAUAAAUGAACAU